AUGAAACUUUUUACAAUUUUAAUUUUUGGCCUUGUUUUGGCUUUGGCUUUAGCCGAAGAAGCAGAAGGAGAUGGUGCUGAGGACAAGGGUGAUGAACCUGGUGAUGAUGACAAGGGUGGAGAAGGUGGUGACGACAAGGGUGAAGGAGGUGACGAAGACAAAAAAGACGAAGGUGGUGAUGACAAAGGCGAUGGAGGUGAUGACAAGGAUGGUGAUGAUAAAGGCGAUGGCGACAAAGGUGGUUCUAAACCAGCUGGUGGUGGAUCAGCCUCCCCUGCUCCGGCUCCAGGUAAAAAACCAGCUGGUGGCGGUUCCUCAAACAAACCUGCUGCAGGUGGAAAUAAACCUGCUGGAUCUAAGAAACCAGCCAAUAAUAAGCAAAAUCUAGUUCAAAAAAGAAAACAAAUUAGGAAAAAACAACAGGCCCUUUUGAAAAGACAACAAGCCAUCAUGAAGAAACAACAAGCCAAGAGGAAAAGAAUGCAAGCUAUUAGAAAAAGACAACAGGCCAUGAUGAAGAGACAACAGGUUAUGAUUGACCAACAAUUAAGAAAUCUGAAAAGGCAACAGGCUAACUUUAAGAUCCAACAGUCUAACAUGAAGAGAUUACAAGCUCAAAGACAAAAGGCCGCUGCUAAUAAGAAGAAAACUGCUGCAAAUAAAAAUAAAAACAAACAAAAUCAAAAGGUUGGAGCAAACAGACCAAAGGUUCCCAACAGACAAGGUUAA